AUGUCAUUUCAAUACGAUUACUCGCAGCAGCAGCAGCAGCAAGGCUCUGCCUCGCCAACUGGAGCCUCCGCCGGCGGGCCCCCUCCUACUGGUCAAGCCGUUCCACAGCAACCCUCUGCAUCUCCUGUUCCCUAUCCUAACAAUUCUGCAGCGGGCUCUUCUAACGGCGCUGCUGGUGGCGAUGCUAAGACGACUUUGUGGUAAGUUUGAUGUUGAAGCCAUAAUGACGCCUCGGACACCGAUAUGGGGAAUUGCUCGUGUAACGUGUGAAUGUUUACGGCUAACUAACUUCUGCCUUAUAGGAUGGGUGAACUCGAACCAUGGAUCGAUGAGGCGUUUGUUAGAAAUGUUUGGUAUCAAUUAGGCGAAGGAGUUAAUGUUAAGAUGAUUCGCGACAAGUUUUCUGGGUACGCGUUUUCCCCCCUCAGCAGUUGAAUGGUCUCUUUUUUUCUCCCCCCCCCCCUUGGUUCCUGUAAAUUUUGCUUUCGUCGGGAUGACUAACAUUAUCUUUUCUUAGUAAUGCCGGUUAUUGUUUUGUUGAUUUCAGCAGUCCCGCUGCGGCUGCUAAAGCGUUGACGCUCAAUGCCACUCCUAUUCCCGGGAGCAACCGUCCUUUCAAAUUGAACUGGGCCUCGGGAGGAGGUCUUGCCGAUAGACGGUAUGCAUUAUGCUUUUAUUGGUUUGCCUUGUUCACAUUGGCUAAUCAAGUUUCAUGUAGUGACGAUCGUGGACCUGAGUACUCUAUUUUCGUUGGUGACCUUGGACCCGAGGUCAAUGAAUACGUCCUCGUUUCCCUUUUCCAGUCAAGAUUCCCGUCUUGCAAGUCGGCAAAGAUUAUGACGGAUCCCGUUAGCGGGAUGUCUCGUGGCUAUGGGUUUGUUAGGUUCUCGGACGAGAUGGAUCAGCAGCGUGCUUUGACUGAGAUGCAAGGCGUGUACUGUGGUAAUCGUCCCAUGCGUAUCUCCACCGCGACUCCUAAGAACAAGAGCACUACGGGCGGUCCUGUCAUGCCGGGAGCGCCCGGCCCUGUCGGUAUGUACUCUAUGGGAGCUCCUCCUAUGGGCUAUUAUGGCGCCCCCCAGCCAAUGAACCAAUUCACCGAUCCCAACAAUACUACAGUUUUUGUCGGUGGACUCUCUGGAUAUGUUACCGAGGACGAGCUCCGCUCAUUCUUCCAAGGCUUUGGAGAGAUCACCUAUGUUAAGAUUCCUCCGGGCAAGGGUUGUGGGUUUGUUCAGUUUGUCCAGAGACAUGCGGCCGAGAUGGCAAUCAACCAAAUGCAGGGAUAUCCUAUUGGCAACUCGAGGGUUAGAUUGAGCUGGGGACGAAGCCAAAACAACUCUGGGCCUGCGGGCACUCCUUAUAGGCCUGCUCCUCCUCCACCAGUUUAUCCGUCGAUGGGCAUUGCUCCUCAGCAUCAUUAUGCGUCUUUUGCGCCUUUAAAGUAGUUACUCUGUUUCUCUAAGCUCUUUUAUAGUUCGAUGUAUCUAUUACACGUUACUCUUUUUCUCCCCUUUACAUAUCCCCCCUCUUAGACGCUUCGAUUUCGAUGUCUCCAUUUUCCCAGCAGGAUCGUUCUUGUCCAUUAUCCCAUUAGGGCAUUUAUUGUACUGGGGCUCUUUUUUUUUUCUUUCUCUCUCAUGUGUGACGAUUUUUGGAGUAUGGCUGUUUGAUUUUGUUUGCUGAUUUGUUUGCGCCUUGCCUUUUUUGUAGUCCUCAUGCUGCUCACAUGCACCCGCCUCCUCAACCGGGCCAGAUGCCACCUCCGGGACCGCCAGGCGCAAUUCCUGGACCGACUGAUCCCACCGACCCUCUCGAUAUGCAGCGCAUGAAUACGAUGUACUUGGCCGCCAAGGAUGGCAGAAUGGACCGUCUCGAGGCCGACUCUCGUGGAUACCACUCCGUCUAUGCUGCUUAA